UCAGGAAGAGUAAUAACCAGUCUCCCAUCGGAGGAGACAGCAGAUAACAAAGAAAGAACCUUUACAUCCAAUGAAUAUGAAUACCAAGGAAGCCAUUUUUUUUAGAGUUACUCAUCUUUAUGUGUGACCAGUACAUAUUUGUCAAUGUUUUACUCAGAAGUUAAAAAAAUCAUAAGAUCCUUUCACAGAAAAUAUCUACAAAGUGAAUAUCAAACAAUAAAAUUUUCCUCCAAUAAUUUAUUUUCAAUAAUUCCUGAUGCUGUCAGUUUUCAGAGCACUUUUAAAUUUACAAGAGCUAAGGAUCUCAAUGUGACACCAUCUUCCUGCCCUUUAUUUCUUUCUAGCAAGAAAAAUAGGCAUGUGGAAGAAAAUGUGAGACAGAAGAUCCCUGUGAACCCUAAAGCUAUGUCAGGGAGGUAAGCUGAUUGUCUGCACCCCAGAUCUCAGGAACCAUUGAUCCAUUAUCAACAUCCUAAUGAAGAACCUCUUCCUUCUGAAGCACCAGAUACUUUCCUGGACUAAAAUGCUAUGCAGAGUCAGUUGAUUCAUGAAGAACAGUUUACUAGCCAAACCCAACAAUGUAUUCACAACCAAGAACCAGUCAGUAGCCAACCUAGUUUCAUUCAGCCUCUAGAUGUUAUGAGACUGCCAUUUUUUAGCAGCACACAAGACUCCUUCCAGACCCAACAAACAAACCAUAAAGUUAAGAGCCAACAUUUCAAGUACAUUCCAUGUAUUGUUGAAACAGAAGAUUCAACCAAGGGCAUAGAGUCUGAUAAACAUUUCAGCGAAAAUCGACGUUCUGUUUAUUUUAAUGACCAAAACAAGAGUAACCAUUUACUUAUAGGGAAAAAUAGUGUUUUUCAGAAUGCUGAUUUUCUAUUAAGUUCAAAUUCACUGGCUGAAGCUAUGCCACAACCAAAAACACCAGGCCGACAACCAAUGGGUUCAUUGGAAUCAAACCAGUAUUUUGCAUACAGUUCAGUGUGUUUUUUGUCUACAAUUAAAGAGAAGAGAAACAGGAGAAAGAUAUCAGACAAUGAAAGAAAACGCAAAAGUUCCACUUCCCAAAGCAAAGAAAACCUCUUCGUUCAGGUGUUUCCAAUCAUAGUAUGUCAUACUUCAGAAAAUGAGAUGUUAAGAUGAAAGAAGAAGAAAAUGGCGCACCAAAGGGAAAUGUCAGAUAUAGCAUUGCAUCUUAUUUUCAUCUCUAAGCUUAUUAUCCCCCAUAUUAAAAAAUAUUUCUUAAAAAGUCUAAUGGCAAUCAUUCCAGACUUAAUACGACAUGAACAUUUUCUGCAGGAGCAAAUAAAGUCACAAGACACAGAGAAAAGCAAUUAUACAUGUUCUAUGGAUAGAGAAAGGCUGGGCAUUAUUGAAAACAUAGAAUACUUGUUCAUGGUUAACACUCAUGAACUGGCAGCUCCUUGUUCAGUAUUUGAAACAAACAGAGAGAGCAAGGAGUCUAGUGAAGACUCAGUUCGUCAGACAUUUGACCAGGAGGGGCUUUCAGGACUGUCAUCAGACUCUGCACAGGAAGAUGUUUCAUUACUCCAAAUAGAAUCAAACAGGAAGAAUGCACAGAAGGACAUACAAAGUACAGGGAGUGCAGAGGAGGUAACAGUCAGUAUACCAAAGAUAUGAAGGUACUUUUCCAAAGGGUGUGGAGAUGCCAAAAAUCCAGUGGAAAUUGUUCUGAACUUUCCAGGUAUCAAUUGAUUUUCCCUGAGAUCCUAAAAGCAUAACAAACGUGAAUUAAAAGACAUAAAUAUUCAAAUGAUUACAGGAAGCAUAAAUCUGAAGGAUUUAUAUAUUACAGAAUGUGGUAACCCAAGUGAUAGUGAGAAGCUGGAAUUGGGACCCUAGUAGCAAUAAAAAAAUAGACAUCAAGAUGAAAGGAUGUCAGAUCCCUACCAUAAUACUAUGCAGGCUACCAUUUCUGAACCCUUUGAUAUGGAAAUAUGUAAUAACUUAAAAGCCAAUGAAGGCACACUGACAAUAAAUUGUAGUCACAGUGCACUAAAGCAAAAGAAACUACUAGAUAAAAAUAUACAGGAAGUAAAGCAUAUUAAAUAUGCAUCCUUUAGUUACCUGAAUGUUAAAAACAUUGAUUGCAUUGCUGAAAGUAGUGCAUUCUACAAUAGAGAAAAAAUUCAAGAAGUGAAACAGAAAUCUUUUUUGCAGGUAUUUCCACAGCAUGGCAAACACUAGUGGGCUGAUGCAGAUCAAAGGAAGGACACUCUCACAAAUGAGCCAGACCCAUCAUGCAUCUCUUAAGUCAAGAACAACCUGCUGUCUGGGUGUAAAGUGCCAAAAAAUUCCCUGAAAAGUGCUUUGGAGACCAGCCUACAAAUGGCUCUCAUCCAAGGUGAAGGAUUACAGAAAACUACCAAAACAAAAAAUGGCAUAAACUUCCCUCUAAUUCCUAAAUUUUUAUCUUCUGCAGCAGAGACCUCUUCAUCUGGUGAAUUUACAAAUAUGACAGAUGAUUUAGAAUCUGAUGAAAACUCUGAACAUGAACGAGAUUUGUAAACUACAGAAAAAGAUUCAGAGACAUUCCUGCUGUCUUCUGAUUCCGUUACAAGACCCUUUGUUUCUAGACAAGGGAAGAGAAAAGCACUAAGAUCAGCAGUGAGACAGAGAUACAGAACCAUGAGGGAAAUAAAACCAUCUAUUUCACAGUCAGUUAACUGUAAGUAUAGCAAAAAACAAAAAAACCACAAAGAAAUGAAAUAUCCACAGCAGCAGAGGGUUAACAUAGCAGGUGCCUGUUUGGACUUCAUUCACUCCAAGGUUAUCUUUCCCAACCGAAAAAUUAGCAAUUCAAAACCAUGGACAGAUAAGCAGAGAAUAAGAAGUAUUGAUCUUAUACAAUGAAUGCAAGAGAAAUCAGCAGAUGUAAGAAACACACUGUCUAGGUUCUGCUAUUUGAGUAGUUCCUCUAGCAUGAAGAAGUAUGAAGAGGAAAGAGAAGAGGAACCAGAACAUUUCCUGAUCUCAGAAAACAGCCCCAGCCUUAUAUUUGAUAUGUAUCAAGAAAAAGACCAUGACUUUGUUAGAUCAGAUAAACAACUGAACCAAGUAGGGAGAACAAUUACUCAGGUACAAGCACAAACCCCAUCAGAAAUUAUUUCCUGUUCUACUCUAUUCCCCAUCCCAGAUGAACUUCAACUAGAAAAGCUAGAGGGCUGUGUCACUGUUUCCCCUCUAACGUUUGGGGAAACCAAGGAUGGUGCACUAUCUGAAGGAGAAUGCGAUCUGUCUGAUGAAAGACGACACUAGGGACAGGCUGCAGACAGUGAAAAGGUGGUGAGGGAGUUCUCAGCCUCAUGCACACAUCCAACCCAUAAUGGGGAAUUGAAAUGUGACUCAACCAAAGUGAAAGGCAUGUAUCCAGGGGGGAAAUGUCUAGAUGAAACAUCCGAUUUGACAGAUGUUGCACUGGAUAUUAAUAUGAGCAGCAAGAUAGAAACAAAGAGGGCACACCAAGCAAAAACAAAACUGUUCUACUGUUCUAUACCAAGGAAGUCAGAGAUACCACUUCAUGAAGGGAAGGUUGCUUUAGAUGACUUCAAAGAAAUUGAUCUUCAAGAUAAAGAAGAAAAGGAAAAUGGUGAUGACACAUUAUUAAAGUCAUUCCCACAGUAUAGCCAACAUUGUGCACUUUGUUCCCAUCAACGCAGGGAUCCUAACUCUCACAAAUUAAGGAAACAAAGAGGGAAGACCAUUCUGUCCAUUGUGGAACAGGACAUUCCACAGCCAAGUCAGGCAGCAGGUCUAACACAGUGUGCCAUGUGUACAUCAAGUUCAAAGGCCUCCUUUAUGAUCAAAGAAUCACAAAUGGAUGAGGUUAACACUAAUAGAACAAAAAAAAAAAAAAUGGCAUCCCUGCUGAUGGGACUCAUGCACAGAACUGAAAGUUGGGAUAGAUUGGAAAGAGAAGGGUUUAACAAUGACCUACAAGCAACCAUUACAGACUCUUUGAAUCUCUCAGCCCCCAAUGUACUAAGAUCUAAAAGGAAAGGCAAAGUAUCUACAUUCAAAGCCUUACAAGGUAAAAUAUGUUCAACUGGUGUAACUAUGAAAGGAAGGACAACAUCUGUCUCCAAGGUAUUAACUAUUUCACAGUGUGAUCAUAGAAAAAAUCUACUUCCAAAGACCCUAAAAUCACAGAUUUCUGAAUUAAUAUAUUCUAGUGUCAUACCUGAUAGUCUUAAUGUAAUAGUAUUGAAUGAUCCAACAGCAGAGAAAAAUAAAAUAUUAUUAACCCAGGAACUGGCAGAAACAACGUUAAGAGUCUUUGAAUUUCUCCACACCUACAUCAAAAGAGAGAAUUUAAAACUCAUGAACAUGGGAAAUGAAAUGGUUAACAGUUGUCUAUCUGUCAAAACAAGGAAGGCAGCAAUCUCUCAGACUACUGCAGGAUGUGGAACACCAAAACAAGGAAAACUCAUGGCAGGUUCGUCCCUAAAUGCCAUCUUUUCCCCUAUGCCUAUGUCUCUUGAUCUGAACACAUGUGGUGGGAUACAAGAUAGGGUUGUGAUGUGGAAAAUGAGUCUUAGUCCUGAGCUUCACAACCAAUCAGAACAUGAAGAGAGAGCUCGGUGUACACACCACAUGGACAAGGAUACUUCCUCAAACAAAGAUAUAAAAGGUCAAGGUGAUGAAGAGGGCCCACUGACUUCCUAACAUUUUGGUUUCAGUCCUCAGAAUAUGGCAGGGCCUAAUUCUGUGCAAUCUGGUUUACAGCUGAUUAAUUCAGCAACUUAUCCAGAGUUAGAGGAAGUUCUAUACGAUGGGCAAACACAGCCAGUCAAUGUGAAUAAUUUACAAAAUAGCAUGGUGGGUGUAAUGUCUUCUCUUCUAAAUACAGAGGAUUCUAAGAUUGGAUCCAUACCGUGUAAUAACACCUGGGAUGAAAAUCCCAGGAGAAAAUGUGACUAUCCCAUUUCUGAACAAAAAGCACAGAAUCAAAAGGACUUAACAUCUUUGGAACCAUUACAGGAGCCCAGCCUGUCAGCUGAAUGCAAAUGUGAGAGUUGCAUAUUAGAGUUUCCAGGAAAAAGAGAUAUAAUGUCCCAAGAAAGGCAAGCUUCAGGGCUACUUAAUAUUACAAGGCACUAUACAAGAGUCCAUAGAAAGAAAGGGCACCAUAAUAGUAAACACCAAUUGAAAUAGGUUGAAUGUGUGGAAGAAGCACUACUUUACGCUAUUGAAGACUCUGAGAGUUGUUCACUCAAAUUCAUAACUGAUGAACUGUCAUCACUUGAUACAGCAGAAAGGGCUGCUUUUUCUAACAGAAUACCUCAAAGAUCAAUGGCAGAGGAAAAGUCAGAGUUCCAAGCAAACUUAGCCACAUUGGGACCUUACAAUUUUUUCAUACCUGUUUUAUCUGACUUUAAAAGCCAGGUAAGCACAGUAAAAUUGUCCAAACAUGAAGUUUGGAGGCCAGGGCAGUCUAUGGAGUUUCUGGCAGUGGAACCGACACAGGAUUUUAGAAUCUUGGAGAUAAAAUUAAAUAAUUGUGAGGUGAAUAGAGAUAUAAAAUACAUCUAUACAUGUAUGCCAAUUCAACAUAUAAAAAUGGGGACAUCUCACAACAUGGGAUAUUAUGAGGAAUCUGCAAAAGAAAAUUGCCUAGACAAAGCAAAGGUGACGAGGGAAGAAGAGUUUGGACAGCUGCCAUUUGGAGUAGAUCAAAUGAGACCACCUUAUCCUUCCAAAUCAGAAGUACGUUCUACCAACACAGUGCACACUAAGGGUAUCAUGCUUCAGAAAACAGCUAUUUGUUUAAUAGAUCAAGAAGGAAAUGCACAAGUUGGGUUUAGCCAAGAGUUUGUUCUUUCCUCUAAUAUACAUACUCUUCAAAUUGAAAGGCAGAACAAUGAAUUUAAAGCAGUUUGUAAAACAAAGUCCAAGUCUUUUGCCCUUCCAAAGACAGAAAAGCCUAACAUCUUAGGACCUACAUGGAGUUCUUCUGCCAAUAACACAACCCAUCCUGAAACCAUAAGACAGAAAGAUAAAGCAAAAAUAUCAAAUGUGAAAAGUACUGUGUGUGCCAAACAAAUAAAGCUGAAGGCAAAGAAAAUACCGGUUCCUCUACUUCUUGGACAUGAGGACAGAAGCAAUAAAAAAGAACUAGGACAUAGCAUGCAGAACCAGAAUACAUUAGAGCUGAGGAGAAAUGUACAAAACCUGAUUCUAAAAGCUAAUUUUGACUCUAGAUGCUUUAUACCCCCAGUUAAAAAGUUUGCCAGUGUAAAACUGGAAAAGGGCAAGUUGAAGGAGAGAAAACAAAGCAUUCUUCCAUAGAUAAUUCUGGAGAAACCAUUCAACCAGCAAAUGUCAUGAUCAGGAUGUGUUGAUGGAACCUAGGAAUGGAUACCUAGGAAACCAGAAGAAAAUAUUAAAGAGACAUAUCAUCACUGCAUUUUCAAGGACAUUCACCAGCAAUUUACACAAGAAUUUUGGGUUAAGUCAGAAGAAGUUAAAGAGCAUCACUCUUGCAAAUUAGAAAAUUUAUGAAGAAAGAUGAAUUUUGAGUUAACUUCACAGAAGGAUGAAACUGAUAACCUGGGGCUAGCUACCUCAAGAAGUAGGAGGAGCAAACGUCUACAUCGACCCACAGACACCCUGCAACAGGAAUAUUCCCUAAAGCAAGGGAUGCGGAGACCAGGAAUGAUUCUUCAGACUAUGAAUGAGUUUCAUAAUUCUGGAAUGACAAAUGAAUUCAUAACAACAACAACAAAAAACAUCAAACCAUCAAGUCCACAGAGGAUAGGAGGAAUGGAAAGUAAUGGAUAACGCAUUAGUCCAAAGAAAUCAUUGCUUAUUGCCAGGAUUAUGGUACAGCAACAAAACCUUUUCAAAGAUCCACUUUUGAGAUCCAUUCCCUCUCAUGUACCAUACCAACCUCAUACUGAAGAGCCAAAGGAAAACAUAAAAAUAAGUGACAAAUUAAAGAAUUCAGCUCAACAGCUGAAGAAAAUCUCAAAUGCAGAAUAUACUUCAUAUGUGGAUCACAUUCUGAGAAGUAUUGAAAAACUACUCUUGCUUGUUAAAGAGUAGGAAAAGAGGAGAAAAAAGUAGAGGGGUAAAACAAUUGAAAUAGUGGAGGACAUAAAAACAACAAUGAAGAAUCCCAUUCUGCUUCUAGAUUUUACUACCUGAAACACAAUAAAUAACAGUGGUGUGUUCAGGCAAAGAGAUGGUACAGAGGCAAACAGGAGUGUGGCCACAUUGUGGAGACAGCAAUGGUUGUUUGUACAAGGGACAAGCAUAGACUGUGUUUACACACAUGAGCUUCUCAAAGUUAUACGUCACAACAAAAGGAGAACAACUUUCAUAUUAAGUGUCCUGUAUCACAAAAGCAUAAAAAUGAAAGUGAAGAAUACAGCUUCUGGAAAUUUGCCAAACAUUGCAGGCCAUAACUGUAGAAAGGAACUAAGACACAGCACUAAGACACGGAAAAAGCUUCCCCAAGGAAACACUGAGGCAGAUUUACUUUGGAAGGGAUUUUUUUUUUUUUGUGCUCCUGGCUACAUUGCAUCUCAAAUUAAAAAUCUUACAGGAGUAAAAGGGGAAAGAAAACCAUGAAGGCCAUAUAUUCCUCCACAGCUGGAAAUGAAGAAAACAUUGAAUGAAACUAAAAGGUUAUCUGUGCAGCCCAUUGAUAAAAAUUCAAGCACUAACAGAAAAUUAACAGUAUAUACUAUAAAGCAAAAAGAACACCAAAUGCUUUUACUACCUAUUACCCCACAAAAUAAAGAUGAGUUAAUGACUGGCCAAAAGGUAGAGGAAUCUAGACAUAUUAACUCCAAUGUCCAUUUGGACAAAGAAGCAUGCUAUGUCAUGUCAGAGACUGGAGAAACUAAUUAUGGUAGGCUUUAGUUUCAAAGACCCAGAGCAGGUAAAGAACUUGAAUUCUCGACAGCACAAAGAGUAAAGCAAGAAGUUAUGAAAGAUUCUAUCAAACAUGCACUUUUAAUUCUGCCCACAAGAGGAGGACCUGAAAAGAUGAAUAUUUCAAGUUCCAAUUGGCAUGGCAUAUAUCUCAUGGAGCUGGAUACUUUCCAGAAAAAGACAUGUAAGGUGCAAGAACUGCUUAGACAAGAAAACACUUUGAGGGUAGGCUUGGGGCCCAUUGCCUGCCCAGUUACGGAGUCCUUUCACUUGGAAAACACAAAGGUAGCUAAAGAAGUGGGCAUGUAUAAUAAUAAAAAUAUUCCCCAUCUAUCUGGAUUAAGAGAAACUGAUACAGAACUUGGUUCCAAAGCACAGGCAUUCCUCCGCACAGAUCUAGAAGAUCUAUACAAAACAGGUACAGCUCAGAGGGGCCCUGCAAAGUCAGGUCACAGGCCUCAAAUCCUUCUGAAUUCUAUACCUUGCCACCAGAGGGCUCCUCUUCACUUAAAAUCAAGCUUGAGUACAAGGAAGGGCAGUGGUGACCUUGCCUUAGGUGCCAAAAUGAAUCUCAAGAAAAAAGAGAAAGCUGAGUCAGCCGAUAAUCCAUUAAAAUUAAACAGACAGAAAAUGGAUUUAAAAAAAUUGAGGGCAAAACCUAUUUUUACCCAGAAUAAAGAAAAAAUACUGGAAUUUUUAAAAUCUUGUAUAUUGUAUCAACUUCAGGCUGAACAUACACAGAAACAAAUUUCAGCAAAAGCAGCACUAGAUUCAAAGAUUUUUAACGCAGUGGUAGAAAAAGCAUCAAGUGAAGUUAAGAUUCUAGAAGGAAUUAACCUACACACUAAAGGGGGAGCAGAUCAUUGCAAAAGUGCAUGUGAGACUUUUCCAGUGUCUAAUACUCACAACCUAAUGGAUAUACAUUGAAUUACAACACCAGGGGUAAAGAAAGCACUAAAAGCAAUAGAUAACCUGGACUAUCACACUUUAAAUACAGAAAAGGGAGAACAUAACAACAGGAUCAAAGAAAAAAAACAGACAAAUCUGUCAUUUCCCCUCGAGAAUUGGGAGGAGCAUAUAUAAUGUUCCCAAAAGUACUCUUAUAUCCAGCCACAUUUAGAGCCUCACACAAAGGAAAUAUUUUCAAAAGUAGGAGUGUCAAGCAGGACAAAGGAACCAGAUUUGUUAUCUAAAGAUCAACGAAGUACAGUGUGUGAAUGUAGACCAGAGUGAAUUUUCCCCUCAGUUAUUCUAGAUCAAACUGCUUUAGAGUCAGGCAGUAAAACUAAAUGUCCAAGACUUUUGUCAUCUAAAACAAAGCAGUUGUCUGAUGGGGAAUAGAUAAGUAAGUCAGUGUCAAAUGGUAGCUCAUCCAUGCCAAGAGUCAGGAAAAAGGAACCAUCUCAUAGAGCAAGCAAAAAGAAGCAAGACGUGUGUCUGCCUACGCUGUUCUUACACUGUCUUUCAGUGUGUAUGCAGUUUUUGCAUGAAAAUGAAAAACAGAAGGGUAACAUAGAAUACAGAGUUAUAAAAGACACAAUAUGCCCUGGGAGAAAAGCUCUAGAAUGGAAGAAAAUAGUACUUCCACAUAUUAGUUCCACCGAAUAUACUCCAAGCAAUAAAGCAGAACUGUAGUGCUACAGAAUGAUAUGCAUAAAACAUGGAAAGGACAAGCCAGGUUCAGCUGAAAUAAAAGCAUGUGUUCCUACCCCUUUACCUCACUUUGAAUUGGAUAAAGAGAUAACUGAUGUCAUUUCAAGAAAUGUAACACAAGAAAAACAUGAACUACAGGGAGAAAAGAAUGGUAUAAAAGGAAGGGAGUAAUAGACCUUAAAGAUAGAGGGAUUAUCACUGUCUUAUCCUCCCAGUAGAAAGAAAUUAACUUUACUAUUUCACACACACACACACACACACGCACAAGAAGGACUGAGUAAAUCAGAUAUGAAACUGAUGGAAUCUUUUAUUUCAUUACUAUCUCUAUUGCACUUUAAUUUGAAUUCAAGGGUAAAAGUGGGAAAAAAUAAGUCAAGACUACUAAAUAGCUGCUUCCAACCGCUAAAGCACUUGCUGUUACUGGAAGGCAGAAAAGUGCCAUUUUCAAAGGCAUUUAGUAGAGAUAACUUAUACAAGAUAAUAGAAUUAAAGUGCCUCCCAUAAAGGAAAGAAUAUAAGAAUAAAACACUAGAUUUGAAAGAUAUAAUAGACCUCAUAUGUGUUACUGAAAAUGAAAAAAAAAAGUCACCUUUUAAAUGCUUACUACAUGGGAAGGAACAAUGAUGGAACAAUAAAAUACAAAAAAUUAUCCAGGGCAAUAAAAAUAAUCUAGAUGUAGUUCAGAAUAAACCUGAGGAUUCUGCUCCUUCUCUGGAAUGGGACCCUAAAAUAAUGGAGGCAUAUUUACAAGGAAAAACAAACUUCUGCCUUGGAUCAUCAGCACUGUCAGAAUUAUCAUCUGCAAUAGGAAUGCACCAGGAGCCAACUGAUGGUAUUUCGAGCAGUACUGAAAAAGCAAAACAACCAUUGAAAUAUAGAUUGCAAAUGGCUCCCAAGGAAGUGGGAUUCGCUUUGAGACAGAAAUUGUCAUCAGCAUUACAGGGAUUACAAUUUGAUGUUAAAGAAAAAGCAGAAAAAAAAAUGCAGGAAAAAAAAAAAAAAACAAAUUAAGGAUUGAAAAAACUUUCCAUACAUUCUUCUUACUCUGAAGUGAACACAAGGAUAAAUGGAGAGGCAGCUAUGCAAGUAAGAACCCAAUCUUCUAGUCAUCACCCAAAGUUCAAAUGACCAUUAGGUAUAAGAGAAAUAAUUUAUAUAAAGUCUAACUUUGAACUCUUGAACAAUGGAAAAUAUUCCAUAGAAUAUGUAUUCCAGAAAGAAGAGAACACAAACCCUGGGAAAAAAAACACAUUUGGGAAACGCAGUCAAGAUGAUAGGGAGGAAAAUGAAAAGAAUCCAGAGGGUAGAGAGCAGGGAGAAGCAGGUACAGAUGGCCAGGAACAAGAGGAAGGCUGUCCAGAAAAUAGAGAGCAAGAGACAUGGAAUCACAAAUGUGGCACUCAAAGGAAUCUGAACCCCAACAGUACAGAGCCAGGGAAAGCAGACCAACAAGGGGAAAGCAAAGAGGAAGUAGCUCCCAAGUGUCUUCCUUCUAAGUCUCCUCAUAAGCUGAUGUCUAACAGAGCAGAAGGAGAAGAAGAGAGGCAAGGAACCAUAAAAUCAGCUAAUUCACAAUUACAGCACCAGAAAUUGCUUGAAACAGGAAAAACUGAACAAACAGAGUUGACUGAGGAUGAUGGCAAUGUAGAGGUAGUUGAAACAGAAGUAAUGCAAACUGUGCUAUAUCCUAUGCCACAAGAAUCAUCGCCUGUAGGGCAAGUAGUAUCUUCAAAGGUCAUUUCUAAUCACGGGAAGAAAAGAAAACUGCAUCUACUACGGGAAGAAGAGGAAGUACCAACAUCAGCAAUUGAUGGUUUGACACACUCCAAUGGCCCAAUUUUCAAGGCAAAGACUGAACCUCCCUGUGUGUCCAGUGUGAAUAAACAUAGUAUCCUGGGCAAGAAAAAGUCUCAUGGGUGGAGUAGUAAUAAUAAAUACACAGGACAGAAACAGUAAAGAGCAAGACACCCUAAUGUGGUUGUAACAAAAAGUGAUGCUUCUGCAUCAGUGCCUAUAGGGCAAGUAAUAUCUACAAAGCAAAUUGCUAAAUGUGCUAAAAAGAGGAAACAAUAUCCAGCAUAGGAAGAAGUAAAAACCUCAGCCAUUAAUGGUUCCACAUGCUCCAGUGGUCUAGUUUUGCAAGCAAAGAUAUCUGCACCUCCUCAUGUGUUGAGUGUCAGUGGGAACAGUAUUCCCAGAAAGAGGAAGCAAGUGAGUGAAGAGGAAGAUAUAUUAGGAGAAACACAAAUUUCUUUUCUACCACCACCGACUAAAGACAUAUCAGAGUCAGACAAAAGAACAUGCAUGGAAUCAUCAGGUAAUGUGCUAAGCAACAGAAAAGAACCAACACAUGAAGAACCCAAAAUAUAUUUAAAUAAAAAUAUGAAAGACAAAGAGAUCAUCAAAUCAAUGGAUAAAAGGGUAAAAAAAUUACCAUGGUCACAUACACUCAGUAUUAAGAAGUUGCAGGAAAAACUUGUGGAUCUGGCAUAUACAAUUAUAGCAUCACCCAUCUCACAAUUGCAACUCAAUAAAUUUUUAGGUGCACAGAUAGAGGCUGAUAGAGAAGUUUACAGUGAGAUAAAAUUACUGAAACAACACGUGCCAUAGAAAGAAAAGGAAGGUGAAGAACAGCAUGUGGAUAUAAACAGUAUAAUGCAUGCCAAGAUAUAUAUUGGAACAAAGAAAUAACCUAUUUUACAUAUACAGAAUAUGAGUGAACUUCAGUGGAAAACUAAACAGCAAGGAGAAAAGGUCAAAUAAGAUUGAAGUGAGCUAGGUGUAGCAUUAACUAAGAAGUUGACUAUGACAUCCACUGCUAUGUCUCCCCAAUCUAUCCUUACUGUGAAUGCCACGGUCAAGGAAGAAUGUACUCCAAUGUUAACAAGAUCCUCUGUUUCCUUGAGAUACUUCCAGAAAUCGUCAGAUUCUGAAGGAGGCAUUUACACACAGCCAAUUCCCGGAGAUACUUCAAUUAGUCUACAAAAUGAAAAACAACAUAUGUCAGAGGAAAAGGAAAAAGCUGGAAUGAAAAUAGCAAAGAUCAUAACUCACAAAUAUCAAGAAAUAAAGGUGUAGAAUGAACAAGGUGAGCAAGGCUUAGUGCUGACUAAAUUCUCCCCUUUGUUACCACAUCUGCUUCAUCCCAAAUUGCCUGAGAAAAUAGAAUUCAAUGACACAAAACUAACACUUAGAAAGUCUGCUUUGCAGAGACUAUCAACCAAAGGAGAAACACAUAAAAAGGCCAUUGUUCAAAAACAACAUAUACCUCAGAGAGAAGAGUCAUGUAAAAGAGAAGUAAUGGACAGUCAAGGCACAGAUAUAAGUUUGAAAUCACAAAAAUUACUUCUGUCCCAGAAGUUCCACAGAAGAGAACUACAUAUGCAUAUUAAUGCACCCAAACUGAAGGAACAAGACAAUACAAGUGAAUCUCAAGUUUUAAGAAAAAUGUAUAAUCCUAAAUCUUCUCCAGCUGACAUUAUCUUGUGUUAAGCUGUACAAGUAGAUGAAGAAAGGCUAUAAAGUACACUCUCUUCUUCCCCAUUCCAACAAAUAUUUCCAGCAUUAUCAGAUGCAGAGAAAAUGGCAAACAAAGAGGUUGUGUGGAGCCAUGUCAACGGCAAACAGCAUACAAAACACAUAGGAAGAACAGUAGACUUGACAAUUGGGGUGCAUUGCAAAAGGACAAAGGUCUCACCAAUUUCAUAUCUCCUUAAUACAAAGGAAUCUGUCAUGAUUAUGAAGGUACUCAAAAAAGUACACAAAGACAAAAGUGAACUGACUGUGGUUGCAACACAGACUUUCCUUCCAUCACCAUCUUCUAGGUAUUCACAAGACAAAACAUAGAAAGGCACAGCAAGAUACCCACAGGGAAAUUUCCAGGAAACAGCAAUGAGAUAGUCAGCUGAAGUUGAUUGUAACUGUAUGGUUAAGGCAACAAAACACUAUAUGCUACAGAAACAAGCCAGGCCACAGAAGUCAAAGUCUGUGACCAGUGCCCACCAAAUAAGUGAACCUCCACAAGUUGAGUCAGAAUGUGAGUCAGUACCCCCGGGUCAUAAAAUUGAUCUCAAAAGAUUAGGUACCAUUGAAAGGGGGGAAAAUGCUGGAUGUGUCUUUCAAAGGGUAAAAGAGCCAGUCAGAAAAAUGUGAAAAAGAACAUUCAACAAAGAUUGGAAUUGGAAGAAGGAAGAUGAAAUCAAAGAUAAUUGAAGUUACAAAACAAGUCCUAAGUUUUCAGUUUCUCCACCAAAGAAGUCACUCAAGGAAACACUGACCAUAAGUGGCACCCUUUUUCCCAUUUAUGAAGCACUAAAAUAUAUCUUUGAAACCCCUGUUGAAAAUAAGAUCCAAAACCAAGUCCUUUUUGAAGAACUGGGUAAAGUAGGAGCCUACAGGCCUGAUGAUGCAAAGGCAUUUCCUUUGCCAGAGAGUCCAGACACAUCAUCAAAAAUAUAUCUCAUACUGCUUCACGGACCUCUUUUAAAACAGCUUACUUCUGAAUUAAAAGAUAAGCUGAGUAUUUAUUUAGUUUCUAUAGCAACUGAGAUAAAACUGAAUCAGACACCAGAGAUGGACACAACCUUACAGAAGUAUAACUCUCAACCCCAAAGAGCUACUUCAGAAGAUUACUGUCAUAGGCUUUAUUUAAAACAUAUAAUAAUGAAUUUUAGGUCUUCAACAGUAGAUACUAAUACUAACUUAAAAAGCAAUUACCAAAGACAUUUUCAUUCUCUCAACUGUGUAAAGAAACCAACAAUGAAUGUUUCAAAUAGUAAGGUAGAACCAAAAGGUAGCAAAAGGCAAGAAAGUGUAACAUCACUAGAAACUUGGAAUAAUCUCCCAUUGAGUCACAUUCUCCCCCCAGUUCUCAGAGAAAGAGAAGGACAUCUUUUACACUUUUGUUCAAAAACACUGGAGAUAAAAAUGACAGGCCUUCCCAAAAUUGCAGCACAAUCUUACACAAUGGCCAAUGCCCAGGAUAAAUCAUUAUUUAAGUGUGUCAAUUCUGCCACCAAAGAACCAAUGAACAGAGUUUUAGUACUUUUUGUUGAAAAAUCUUUUUGUGAAAUUGACUAUGAUUUGAAAUGCAAAUCCCUCCACUUGUUCCCUAGACCUUCUGUCACUGUGGUCUUUAAGCCAAAUGUACUUCCCAAACACACUUCUAAGUCAAGCAUGGGUUCAGGCUCAGAAUGUGAAAAAGUAGAAAAUAGUGAAGAAAGUAGUAUUCUUUCCUUUGACAAAGAACCUUUACAAUAUGUUCCUUUCCAAAAGAAAAAUCCACAACAAAGCUCAUUACUCACAAGAAAAUUCCAAGAGCCAGCCAAUGUAUCUGCCUUUUACCCUGAACUACAAGGCACAAAAUAGAAUUAUAUAAUAAUUCUUUUGGAUUUAAAAUUACAGAUGACUUCAUAAAAGGGUAAAUAAUAUCAUGUAUGGUUCCAAGAAACAUUCACACAAUAUUCUGUUUCAGGAACUCAGCAAAUACUGCUGAGUUCAUCUUGGAUUUCUGAUGACUGGAUCAAUGAUGUUCCCCUAAAUAUUGACAUUUGUGACUUGGCAGAAUGUCCAGCUUCCGAGGAAAGUAUCAAAGAAUGUGUGUUUAUUGAAACCAAUUUUUACUUACCUCAAGAUUCACAAAAGUUCUUGUUUGAGGUACCUAAACACAUUCCAUUGGCAGAUAUUCACCAAAUGGAUAGCAAUUUUUUGAAGCCAUUUUACAAUGAAGAUACAAAUGACCAUCAUACUAGAAUCCAUAGAAAACAACCUCCAUUAUGGCAUUCUUGAAAUAGUAGGAAAUAUAGAUUUAACUCCAAAAUGCAGUCUCCUGACUGGUUGUCUUAUACCUCAUCCAAUACUGUAGAAAUAGAGUCUACAUCAUCUUCAAUAACAUUCAGUGAAGAGAAGCCUUGGACCACGGCCAUGUGGAGCAGAACAAGCUACUCUUUAACCUCCUCAACAACUGAAUCAAAUAUUAAAUUGAAUCAUGCAAAACAAAACAAACAUGGCAAGUCUCACAUAUACCCCUAAGUCAAAGAAAGAAGGAAGGCUGAAUCUGAUUUAUGGAGAAAGUCCAAUGUCGAUCAGAGUUCAAAUUAUAGUCACAGUGAAGAGAAACACCCAAGGAGAAAAAGACUAUAUCAUUAUGAAUCCAAAGAACCAAAUCCACAAACCAAUCAGAUGCCAGAGACAAAUGUUCAAUGGCAGAAUAUCAAAUUCUAUUCAGAAAGAAAGGAAAUAGCCUGUGUACCAGCAGAAUCAAUGGAUAUUAUCCCCCAGACCAUUUGCUGGUUUAUUCCCCCACCCCAAACCUUACAGAAAAUAAACUUCCAAGUUCCUCAAAUGGCAAAUAUUUCAAAAUCUUGGAAUCUGUGUAGUUCAUCCAAAAAGCUGUUGGGAUCACUUUCAAGGAUCUUUAAUGCAGUCUGUUAUGGUUAA